GAAGAAGUCAAGAAAAGCAAAAAGAGCCGAAAGAGGAAGAUGCCAAAGACCUACGUGCAGACAUGGAAGAUGUAGCCAGCCAUGACAACCAGAUCCACGACAUCCUUGACGACAUUAGAGACCUCAAAGAUCAGAUGAAAUCAUCACAAUCCCAGUUGGUUUUCCUUCUCUACAAUGAAGCAGACCGACAGCGAACCGCAGUUGCAGGCAAAGUGAUGCACUUGCUGAUGGAACAUCGCGAAUCCCUGAUCAACGCCAUUGCGGCGGAAGCGGGCAUCAGCGAGAAAGAAAUCACAAGAUCGAAGUUCGAGCAUCGUCGGGGGAAGCAGCUGCCACCAUUCACGAUGGUAGACUUGGGCGACCAUGCCUUGAAGCAGCAACUAUUGGAGGCAAUCAACCAAUAA